CUAAACAGUUUGAGAAUAAUAAGUAUUCGCCAGAUCUUCGUCUUUAACCUCCUGCUAUUAGAUCACUGAUCACAACCCUUCCAAAACCUCCAUUUUCACGAUCCAAAAAACCUUCAAGUUUUCCCCAUUUCGAAUCCUUCUCUAAUGAACUCACAUUCAUUCGUCGUCUUCUAUUUCCACAUCUCUUAAUUAUCCACUCAUUAACUAUCUCAAUCAAUCCAUCAAUCAAAACUCUGAAACAAUGAUGAUAGAUUUGGGCGCAUUUUCUGAGGAGAAUUUCGAUGCGAAGAAAUGGAUUAACACAGCGGUGAAAUCGCGUCACCCGCAAGAAUUAUUAGAAAAUCAUUUAGUAGAUCUGGAAAUGAAGCUUCAAUUAAUGUCGGAAGAGAUUUCUGCUUCACUUGAAGAACAGAGUUCCGCUGCUAUUCUCCGUGUUCCUCGUGCCACUCGUGAUGUCAUUCGUAUUCGUGAUGACGCUGUAUCUUUACGCUCCUCCAUUUCCUCCAUACUAACCAAGCUCAAACAGGCGGAAGGUUCUGCUGCAGACUCUAUUGCAGCUCUUGCAAAAGUUGAUACUGUUAAACAUAGGAUGGAAUCUGCGUACAAGACAUUACAGGAUGCUGCUGGGUUGACCCAAUUGAGCUCAACUGUGGAGGAUGUUUUUGCUAGUGGUGAUCUUUCAAGGGCUGCUGAAACGUUAGCUAGCAUGAGGCACUGCCUAUCUGCAGUUGGGGAGGUUGCUGAAUUCGCUAAUGUGAGGAAGCAACUUGAGGUGUUAGAGGACAGGUUGGACGCAAUGGUGCAGCCUCGCUUGACAGAUGCUCUGUUUAAUCGUAAAAUUGAAGUUGCUCAAGAGAUGCGAGGAAUUCUUGCGCGAAUUGGAAGAUUCCAGUCCCUCGAAGUUUACUAUACUAAGGUCCACCUGAAAUCCAUAAAAAGUCUUUGGGAUGUAUUCGAAUCCAAGCAGCGAGCUAAUAAGUUGCCAACUGAUAAAAAUGAUGGAGAAAGGCUUGCGAGUGCAAAUGAGUUCCAAUCAAAUUAUUCUGUUCUUUCUUUUGCAACUUGGUUGCCAAGCUUUUAUGAUGAACUGCUAUCCUAUCUUGAGCAAGAAUGGAAAUGGUGCACAAUUACCUUCCCUGAUGAUUAUAAAACUCUGGUACCAAAACUAUUAAUUGAGACAAUGUUGGCUGUUAAGUCUAGCUUCAUUGCCCGCAUCAACCUUGCAACAGGAGAUGCUGUUGCCGAAACAAAAGCGUUAGCAAAAGGAACGUUGGACUUAUUAUCUGGUGAUAUUCCCAAGGGAAUCAAGAUAAACAGCAAGCAUCUUGAUGCAAUGAUUGAACUGCAUAAUGUAACAAAUACUUUUGCUAAAAAUAUUCAACAUCUCUUUUUGGAAACCAAUACACAAGUACUACUGGAUACUGUGAAAGCCAUUUACACACCCUUUGAGACAUUUAAACAGAAAUAUGGUCAAAUGGAGCGCGUCAUCCUUGCGUCUGAGAUUGGAAAGUUAGAUCUUAGAGGAGCUGUUAUGCGUGGAGUUGGUGCACAAGGAAUAGAACUGAGUGAAACUGUCAGGAGGAUGGAAGAAUCUAUUCCUCAAGUCAUUUUGCUUCUUGAAGCUGCAGUUGAGAGGUGUAUCAAUUUUACUGGUGGUACAGAAGCAGAUGAACUUAUCGGUGCCCUGGAUGACAUAAUGUUGCAGUACAUUUCUAUGCUUAAUGAGACGUUAAAAUCCCUAAGGACAGUAUGUGGGGUAGAUAAUACGUCUGACAGUAUGAGGAGAGAUUCAGGAUUGGACAAGAAGGAAGGAACACAUAAUCCUCGUAAGACUGACCUAAUUUCAAACGAAGAAGAAUGGUCCAUGGUCCAAGGGGCCUUGCAGAUUCUCACUGUUGCUGAUUGUCUAACAAAAAGAUCCUCAGUUUUUGAAGCUUCUCUAAGAGCUACUGUUUCUAAAUUGAGCACAAGUCUUCCUGUAACAGUAUUUGGCGACCAAAAUCAGAGACAGCUGUCCAUUGAUGAUGGAAAUGCGAAUGUAAAUGUAACUGGAAGAGCUGCAAUAGAUAUGGCUACUGUACGGUUGGUUGAUGCUCCUGAAAAGGCUCGGAAGCUUUACAGUCUUCUAGAACAGUCUAAAGACCCUCGGUUCCAUGCACUUCCGCUUGCAUCCCAAAGAGUUGCUACAUUUGCGGAAACUGUUAAUGAGCUUGUAUAUGAUGUCCUGAUAUCAAAGGUACGACAGUGUCUAAGUAAUGUGUCACGCAUGCCAAUUUGGGCAUCCGCAGAGGAGACGAGCGCUUUUCCCCUCCCGAGCUUCAGUGCAUAUCCUCAAUCUUAUGUCACUAGUGUUGGUGAAUACCUCCUUACUUUGCCUCAGCAACUAGAGCCCCUAAUAGAGGGUAUAGCUAGUGAUGAUGCCAAUACCGAUGAAGCCCAAAUUUUUGCUACUGAAUGGAUGUUCAAGGUUGCGGAGGGUGCAACGGCAAUAUACAUGGAACAGUUGCGAGGAAUCCAAUACAUUACUGAUCGUGGAGCUCAACAGCUCUCCGUCGACAUUGAGUACUUAACAAAUGUUUUAUCUGCUUUGUCAGUACAAAUUCCUCCUAUCCUAUCGACAUAUCAGACAUGCCUAUCCAGCCCUAGGGAUCAACUAAAAGAUCUAAUCAAAUCAGAUUCGGGCAAAGAGCUUGACCUUCCUACUGCUAACCUCAUCUGCAAGAUGAGGCGUAUCAAUCUCGAGCAAUAGUUGUGAUGCCAAAAGUCGAACACUGUCCUUGUUAUGGUUCACUACAAAAAAUUUUAGAAUUGCCCAUGAUCUGAUGUCAUUUAUGAAGCUAUCAUUUUUGCGGUACUUGUUUCGAAUGAUACAUGACUACAGGCUCGAUCUCCACACAUAUUACUUGAAGAAGCUCCUAGCAAGCUUGAGUUUUUGUUUUGGUACUUGUGCAGUUUUUUCUUGGGGAUUCGCUUAAUUGAUUUCAAGCAAUAUUACCGAGUGUUUUUUAGUAUAAUAUCGCUUCUAUUUGUACAGUGUUAAAUUUUUUUAAAUAUGGAAUGGAAGUACCACAGCUUUCAUGCGUCAACAAACCCACUAACCCAACCAGGUUGUUGAGAGGCCGAAGUUUCCUUUCUCUUUUUUUUUUUUUUUUUUUUUAAUUCGGAGUACACUGCAAAAAUAUGCUAAAAUUUAAUUACAAUUAU